CCUACCUUGACAGUUCGACUGUGCUUUCAAUGCCCUGAUCUGUAAACUAACUCUCUCCAGAUGAUGAAAGCCUAGCGUGUUCUAUUUGAUUCAAUCUCUCCUCCUGGAGCCCUGUGGCUCUCCUUUCGAGGCUCAAGGGCUGCUGGGCUCCGGUGGAGGGAGGAUGAUAUCUGCGUUCGGCACACCACCUUGUUACUUUACGGACGCGAUGAAGGCAUCUCUGAUCACAUAUUACUUGCGGUGUUGGCUCGAUGGAGCAGUGUCAUGUUGUGGACCCUCGAGAGGUGUUGUUCAGUCUCAGCACCUUGAUGAUAGGGCUCUCAACAUGGACUUUUAAUAUAUAAUAUUAUAUAUAGCCGGAUUACGUAUCCUGGCUGCUGAAUUAGAAUAAUCAUACAAUAAUAUAAUCGAUAAUCAUGGAUA